UGUUGUUGUUGUUGUUGCGUUUGCGUGUGCGGCAACGUAUUGUGUGGACUCGUCCAGGAAAUCUUGGCAAUUCGGCAGCACCCGUGCUUCCGAAAUAACGAUACACACAAAGAGUGUUCCGCAGACAGGUCGUCUUGUUUGCCGUUGGCACACUAGAGCGUUCGACUGGAUAGGCUUGGCGUUGUCGUUGCGGCUCCUUUCCACCACACCAGUUCUUCGCUGUAUGAACCCAUCCGGAAUGCGUGCCGCAGUCCAGCGUCCCCUGGACGCUCCGGAAACGCAUCACCCCGGACGUUCCCGGAACAGCAACAGUUCGAACCGACCGUUGGACAGCGCUUCGACCAAUUCGUACCGUUCCACGCAUUCCAGUCGAUCGUCCGUGCUGGAACGCGCCCGUGAGUACAACCGACGAGUCGAACAACAGAAUCACCGGAGCAAGAGUCUGGAACGAACCACCACGAGUACUUCCGAAGCCGGCAGUCUGGCGUCCCGGACGUAUCCCUCCAGUGCCGCGGGGAGUCGUUCCCAAUCGGCGUCGCGCGCGACACCGCACGCACGCCUCGGCACCCGCGAACGAGCCAUGGCCAGUGUCCGCAAGGAACGGAACCACGCGACGACGACCACUGCGGCAGCUGCCAGUCAUACUCCACCCGGAAUGGCGACCUCCCGACAUGCGGUGGGUCGGAGUACGUCCUACACACAACCCUCCACACCCGUCUCGGCGUACAGUCGACCCGAUACCGAAACGGCAACCCCGCAAUCGAAUGCAUCGCGUCGGAUGUGGACCGAGACGCCGUCUUCGAAAGCUACCCAGAGUUUGUCCGCGACGAAAAUGUCGCCCACCCGGUCUCUGAAAUCGGCACGGUCCUCGCACAAGGGCGAAGCCGUCGUCUCGCCGGAACUGUUAGUCGACGCAUUGAGCGGACACGAAGAUGGCUUGUUGGCGAUUGCGGAACGCUUGAUGGAGCACUACGAUGGAGGUUACGAUGUCAUGGGCGAAGCUAUUAUUGACGCCUUUGCCGAUGUCCAGAAACUAUUUCAACACGUCGUGGAAGCCGCACAUAUGGAAGGUGCCGCCUUUGAAGCCUCCCGCUGCGAAACAGAAAUGGCGGAACUCCGCCGACAAGCCGCCGCGGGAGAAUUGUCCAACGGUGCUCACGACGACUUGUCGCCCAGGAAUCCGACCGCACAAGACGCCAACACACCCGGAGCUCCCACGAGACACGACGAAUUCAUUGAUCAAGACGUCAAGGAUAUACUCACGGAGGCCAUUCGCCAAGGCGCCGCUUUUCGCGACCAGAACGCCUACACGGAUUGUCUCGAGCUGUACGAACAAGCGUGUCAGGAGGCAUCCGCAAUGUUGCCCGUCGAUUCGGAUCACCGUGGGCGCCUCCAAUUGUCCAUUGCACGCACCGAAUCCAUGAGUGCCGAACGCGCCUGUGCCAUUCUACGCUACGCCAUGGAUGACGUUUUGCGCAGCGGGCUCCGCGUUGGUCGUACCCCCCUCCCGGACCCCUCCAAACGCGCCGACGUGGUAUUGAGCAAACCCUUGUCUCACCUUGGUGUCACGGGAGGCCUCAACGGCCAAGCCGGAGUCGUUCAGAGCUCGGUCGAAGCCUUGGCCUCGCUCACGGAGGAAAUGAAGGAAAUUAUGGGUGCGCCAGUGUACGCCGAUACACCCCUGCAAGCCGUGGCACACCGGUUUUGGAUCGAACUUAACGAAGCCCAAAAAUCGGCCCAAAAGAAUGAAGCCCGGUUGGAACAGAAUUUGGGCAAACUAAAGGGUGAUUUCCUGCUCGCCAAGGCGGAAUGGGAGGAGAAGUUGAGCCAAUCGAACGAAACGGCGGACUCAUACAAGCAGAAAUACGAACGAAUGAAAGAACAGCACAAACAUGAGCAAUACAUGGACCAGGCUAGAUCCUUUCCCUCACGAGUUCACGACGACGACGCCAACGACACACCCACCAUGUACGGAUCGGUCAGAUCAGCAGCAUCCGGGAAAGCUGGUUCCGUUGCAUCCGGCGUGAGCGGAUUGGCUCAGCAUGCGAAAUCUAUCGUCAAUUCCAUGAAUAGUAUGAAUUGCGCUGCCAUGAGUGAUGACCGGGCGAGCCCGCAAAUGAAUAUGGACGAAUUGGAAAUUCACUCCGCAUCUCGUGGUCGGUCCUCGUCGCAGCGCUUCUCGAAUCGGUCUUCUCCGCAUUUACAACCGCCCCAUUCCGCACCCCGGAACAAACUCUCAAAGUCCUUUCGGGAAUACUCAAAAUCCCCGCAACGAAUGGACGUAUAG